CUCUGCCCACUCCGCCUCCAGAGGGAGGGAUGCACCGGGUCGGGGGGCGGGAUGUGUGUACGUCACUUCCGUCCAGGCCGGAACUCAAGAUGGCUGCACUCUUGCUGAGACACGUUGGCCGUCAUUGCGUCCGAGCCCACCUUAAUUCUCAGCUUUGUAUAAGAAAUGCUGUUCCUUUGGGAACCACAGCCAAGGAAGAGAUGGAGCGGUUCUGGAGUAAGAACACGAGUUCAAACCGCCCUGUUUCUCCCCAUAUCUCCAUCUACAGAUGGUCUCUUCCCAUGGCAAUGUCCAUUUGCCACCGUGGCACUGGUAUGGCCUUAAGUGGAGGGAUCUCUCUUUUUGGCCUGUCGGCACUGAUGCUUCCUGGGAACUUUGAGUCGUAUUUGAUGUUUGUGAAGUCCCUGUGUUUGGGGCCAGCACUGAUCCACACAGCUAAGUUUGUACUUGUCCUCCCUCUCAUGUACCACUCGCUGAAUGGCGUCCGACACUUGAUGUGGGACCUAGGAAAAGGCCUGGCGAUAUCCCAGGUCCAGCAGUCGGGAGUGGCUGUCUUGGUUCUUGCUGUGUUGUCCUCUAUAGGGCUGGCAGCCCUGUGAAGAGCUGAAAUUCCCAGCAUGG